CUCCAAUGAGGUGUUUUAAUUUCUGUUAUUUCGCAAGUAGCACUACAACUCCGAAAGCAUUCGGAAAGAUUUUAGCCGAGCCGCCAUUACGUUCAGUGAAGAACGUGCCCCUGUGAAAAAGUCGUGUCGUUGCACAAUUGGCAACGAUUUUUAACGCAAAAAGUGGAAAUUAUUUCCAAAAUCUAAUUGAUAUUUACAAUUAACGAUUGCGCGUAAGGUUUCGCAUAAAAAAUAUGUGAAAGUAGCAGAGUUUAAGUGCAGAAAAUACGUUGUGAAAAAAAUAUUAAUUGAAAUAAAAAUGGUAUAACAAUUGUAAAACUAACAAUGGAGGUCUGACAAAUAAGAGGCGAAGUUUACUAUCAGCACAUUAGCCGAAAACAACAGCAGAAGAUAUAGCAAAAAAGUGGCAACAAACAAAUUAGACGACUGCAAAAACAUUGUGUAUAAAUAAAAACGAAGAAACGUGUUAGUGUGAUAAUAAUAAUUAAAUAAUAGUGUAAGAGAAAUACAAUUUUGCAAUGAAAUGUGCAAAAAUCAUCAACGUAAUUAUGCCAAUUCAUUUGAUUUCUUCGAUUUCAACUUGAAAAAUGUCGUCGAUUCCAUUGCUGCACCGCUCGUCGUUGUCGUUGCUACCACCGCAGUGCUGUAAUUGCAAUAAAUUUAUCGCCUACAUUUUGUUGUUGAUAUCAACGCUGUUGUCCACGCUAUACGGAAAUUCUAACAGCGCCAGCAAGAAAACUAUCAAUAACAAUAAAUCUUGCCCUAACCAUCAACAGGAUUAUCAUAAUCAUUGCUGCAGUUUUAAAUCAAAACUAAAAUUGAACAGCCCAAAAUAUCCUCUGAGUAGCGUUAAACACUGCGUCAAUAAAUCAGCUUUGUGUACUGGAGCGGUUACAAGAGAAAAUAAUCUUAUUAAUAACAACAAUUGCCAAAGUUCCGAUACAUAUAUUCUCACUCCCCUUAAAACUACCGGCCAACUCAGUGUCUACAAGGAUAGCAGUAGCAAUUGUUGGGAAAGCAACAGAAAAGAUAGAGCUUCAGCAAUUACCACUGAUCGAGGUUUGCUGCAGCAACCACAUUUGGGAAAACAACAGCGAGAAAGAGAAUAUUGUUGGUUUGCGAAAAGCGAUAAGAAAAAUUAUCGAAUAAGUACUAACAACUACAACAACAACAGACACAGCAUCAACAACGAUAGCAGCAGUCCGCGAAGGGCGGUAUUUUUUCUGUCAAAUACUAACAUCUACACUGGGCGACCAGGUGUAACUACCACAAUAAAAGUUGCAAAACAAGGAGCUGAAGCGGUGGUUAUAAUACCGAAUUUUGUGGAUCUCACGCACCUCUCCUUGCAUCCUACAUUUACACCCCAUAACGUUUUUAAACACAGCUCCUUUACCUCGAAGCACCUGCUUAAUAGCGAAGAGAAGCCGUUUUCCAGCUCUUCAGCACAGAGGCUAUUUAGUAGCAGUUUAACGCCGCUGCUGCAGGACAGGCAGCAGUCGACGCAUUCCAACACAAAUUUAGACUUAUCGUCGACGUUACACGUUUUUGUGCAACAACGAAAGUCAACGUCACAACCGCGAAAGCUACAGCAUUUGCUUGUUGGCGUGAAAAAGUACGCUUAAAUUAGAUUAAUAUUCAAAGAAAAGAGAAUAGAAAGCGGAGAGCUCUUAAUUUCAUAAGAACAAACUUCAUUAGAAGAGCAGGCAAGCAGGCUCAUCAACAACAUAAAAUAAUCAUUAACAAUCCAAAUCAUAAAACGUAUCUUAUCGAUCAGCUGCCCUUGGCAUAAUCAAGUCGACUACUAACGAAGCGUGCGAUUGAGUAGAAGAGUGGAAGAAGAGUCAGGAAACGAAAUAGAAGUAAAAAAAACCCGUAACCACCGUUGCAUUAAUAAAUAACAUACAUACACACCACACAACUUCGUAAUAUCAUCAUGUCGAAGUUAUCGUUUCGAGCGCGUGCGCUCGAUCCCUCCAAGCAGAUGCCCAUCUACUUGGCAGAGGAGCUGCCUGAUUUGCCUGAAUAUUCGGCUAUAAAUCGUGCUGUGCCACAAAUGCCUAGUGGCAUGGAGAAGGAAGAGGAGUCGGAGCAUCAUCUGCAGCGCGCAAUAUGUACUGGUCUCAUAAUACCAACGCCAGAGGUUUUUACCACCGAUCAGGAAGCCUACGACCGCAUGUAUCCGCCAAAUUACAAAAUGCCGCGCCAACUAAUACACAUGCAACCGUUGGGUCUCGAGCAAGAUGUGCCAGAUUACGACAUGGAUAGCAGUGAUGAGAUUUGGAUCAGCCAACAGAGUCGUCGCCUCGAUCUGACACCACUGAAGUUUGAGCAGAUGAUGGAUCGGCUAGAGAAGAGUUCAGGGCAAAUGGUCGUUAAGCUGAAUGAGGCGAAAGCAUUGCUUAAACAGGAUGAUGAAGUCAGCAUAGCCGUUUACGACUAUUGGCUUAAUAAACGCUUAAAAAUGCAACACCCGCUGAUACUGACUGUGAAAACGGAGAAUCGUCCGGGCGCAUCUUCGAACAAUCCGUACUUAGCGUUUCGCCGACGCACUGAAAAGAUGCAAACGCGAAAGAAUCGCAAAAACGAUGAAACGUCCUAUGAGAAGAUGCUCAAGCUGAGGCGCGACCUGCAGCGUGCCACCACCGUACUGGAGAUGGUUAAGCGCCGCGAGAAGACGAAACGUGAGCAAUUGCAUUUAUCUAUAGAAAUCUUCGAGAAGCGAUAUCAGCUGCGCGACUUCAGUGGUGCUCUGCUCUCCGAAUUGAGUUCUUCUCUGAAGAGUUCCAGACCAGCGUUUGCGCCCUUGUAUACGAAUCAAUACUCACACCAUGGAUCUGCGACAGGCACCACAUCCGCUGGUGUGGUGUCGGCCGGUGGGGCGACGCAUGCUACUGGCGUUGGCAGUGUACUGGGGCCUGGAGGUUUGCUGGCAGCAGCGGCGGGUGCCAACAAUGUGACGCCCGGCAGUGGUGGCCAUCUAUAUGCGUCGGCUUCGCAGUACCUGAAUCCUUCGACUCUAACGAUUGAUGCAAUCAAUGCUGGCGCAAAUGGCGGUGGUAAUCGCAAGGAGAAACGGACGUACAAGAAGCGGAAACAUAAAUUGCCGCGCGAUAAACAACAGCAGCAGCAGCAACAACAGCAUCUAACGCAACAACAGCAACAACAGUAUUUGAUGGGUGGCGUCGGCAAUGGUAAUGGCUUGUCAGGGUCAGCGCUGGUCGGUGCAGGUUCGGCGCUAAGCGCGCAGCAUUUGCUGCAACUGCAUCGUCAGAGCUCGUCGCCCGCUGCCAAUGAGUCCAAUAUCGAAACGGAGGAGGAGGAGUUCGGCAGUGGCGGUUUGGGUUGUGGUGGUGGUGGCGGUCAUCAUGCGCACAAAAUGGGCUCCGAGAGCGAGGAGGAGGCACCGUUUGCAUUUAGGCGAAAGCAGCACUGCGACUAUCAGAGGCCGCGAGGCAAUGAUGGUAACUGGCCUUGGGAGUCGAAGGACGAUAACGGUUUUGGUGAUACGAAAUAUCGCUUUACACUAACAUCCAUCCGGCAUCCCAGACCACGUUGCAUUGGUUUCGCCAGACGUCGCAUGGGACGUGGCGGUCGUGUAAUGUUAGAUCGCAUCACCACAACUAUGGACGACUUUUGGUCACAGCUGGACUACACGAUAUUUGAGAGUGAUUCCACUUCAGCCGCGGCGAAGUGUGCAAAUAUCAAAAGCGAACAUUUGAAACCCGCCUCACCACCCACAGUUGUUGAUCUGCCAUUGCCCAAUAUAACUAAUGCAACCAGCUCAAGUACUGCAAUGCCUGCAUCACAAAUACCCGCCAACACGACGAUCAAAGUCGAGCCUGUUGAGGUGCCGUCUGGUGUGCCGUCACCCAAACACGACGAUACGACCGCACAAGUUAGUGACGAUGAUGGUGUCGAGGCAGACUUUGAUGACGACGACGAUUAUGAGGAGGUCUUGCGACCAGAUGUAAAUAUCUCACGUGAUGCCAACUACAUUUCGUCGUUAACAAUGUUGCGACAUCGACAGCGCCAACGUUUGCGUUUGCAACAGCAGCGUCGUCGCCGUCGACUGCAACGUCAGAAGGCCAUUGAGGAGGGUGGUGGUAAUUCAGCGGAUGGCCAGCACACAAAACGGCGGCGUUUCAAUAAUGCGAAUGUCGUUGUCGAUGCUAAAGCUGCGCCUGUGUCACAAACUGUUGCACCAACAAAAGAGCCAUUGCCGCGUCGUUUAUUGCAUCGGCUGUCCAAGUUGAUUGAUGAGAAGAGCAUGAAUAGCAUAAGUAGUUUCCUGUUGAGCGAAAAGGUGAAGCGUGAAAAGCUGAACGGUGAGGAUGUGUCCGAUGAAGUCGUGGUCGAUUUAGUGCGGCAACAGCAGCACAAGCAACAACAACAGCAGCAGCUGCAACAGCAGUGGCCCAAUCAUCGAUCCAAUAACAAUUUGAUGAACUACAAUAACAACAACAAUAGCAGUAGUAAUAUAAAUAAAAACGUAAGUGUUAGCGAUAAAUUUAAUGUGAUAAAAAGCGAAGGCAUUGGCCCAGCAACAGCACCGGCGGGGUCGUCGUCAGUGCCAGCAACAGCAGCAGCAGCUGCCGCAGCUGCUAUUACUGCAGCAAUGACGUCCGCCACAACGUCCGGUUCCAUAACGUCCACACCGUCAGCAACAGCACCGCUAACCAAAGCUAUCAAACAAGAACUGAUAGAUUGCACAAGUGGCGGUGCUUCAGCCGAUGAUUCGAAUGAACCUUUGAGCAGCAUAAAGAAGUCGUCGUCCACAUUAACGGAGACCACGACCAACUCCGAACUGCAGGUAUUGGAAGAUGAGGAGAAUGUGAAUUUGGCACAAUUGAGUAGCAUAAUACGUCACACCGUGAAGAAGGAGCCACUCGACAGCUCCGAUAUGGCACAGCCAACAAAUAACCCAACAACGAAAUUCAAUUCCACAAAUUCCGCGCAUGUCAAUGUAGACGAGGAUGAUACCCUGUCGACGCCGCUAAAUCAAUUGCCCGAUGUUAUACGCCAGCAGCAUCGGUUAACGGUGCAACGCAACAAUCAACUGAAGAGCGAGCACAAUGAUGUUGAGAACGCUUGCAGCAACGGCAUAAAUAUUCUAAUCGACAACGACUCAACGACGCAAUUCGAUGAUAAUUAUGAUUAUAUUGGCAGUCUAUCGCCGACCUCCAGCCAACGUUUAGACAUUUGCAAUGAACUGCUGUCGGAGAUACGUCGCGAUUGGUUACAUUUCCGCCCGAAGACACCGACCGACGAGCUAUCCGAUAGCGGUGAUUGCAAAAUGACGGCAACAGAGCCGCUAGUCGAGUGGACGCAACAGACGCCAAUAGCCGUUGAAAUGCUGCGGCUGUCAUGUGACAAUAUAGAGUCUCGAAAAGAUAAGCGUGGCCACAAAACCAAUGAGCAGACGCUGAGUAAUAUGUGGGAUACACAUUCCGACGAUGCGCUCUUCGUAAGCAGCAGCUUCAAGUAUGCCGAACUCGAGCCAGACACACAGUUGUUACAAACUUAUUAUACACCCGAUGUAACACGCGGCAGUAGCAAGAGUCCAGAUGUCGGUGCAGCCGGGAACUCAAAUUCUGCAAUUGAUUUCAAUUUAAGUGGCGACUCGCUCACGGACAUAAAUCUCCUUGGUGACGGCGAUGAAACGGAUGAAAAUAUGCUAGUGAAUAUAUUAAAGGAAUGCGACGACAUCAAGACGCUUAAUCAGGCUACGAACUUUUGGAAUGGCAUAUUGGAAGGUGAAGCCGAGGUUGACGAAGUUGCAGCGGAUGUGGAUACCGAUUUGCUGGACUGCAUCGAUGAUAAAACGAAAAUCAAAGCUCGCUCGUCACGCGCCAAGAGCGGUGGCAAAUGGCACAGUAGUUGUGCCACAUAUGGCGGUACAAGUUUCCACAUCAAUGACAUCAGCAACACACUACCGGAUGACGUAUUUUUCCAAAAGGUUCAACCGAAAGCCGAGCCAGUCGAUGCCAGCGACGUUAAAACGGCUGCAACAUUGCCUGCUACUGAUGCGACAGUGAAGACAGAGCCCGUUGAUGAUGUGCUCCCGGUCCCGGCGCUUGCGACUAGCGGGUUGGUAAGCACGCAGCAGGCGACCACUUCGAUCGCAAGCAUACCCGCGCAAAUAUUGCAAAAUACGGCUGCGACCGGCGUUAGUUUCAGCAGUAACAGCGGCGGCGCUGCAAAUGUCGCCAGCGUGCCACAAUUCAUUGCCAACAACGUGCAACCGCAGCUUAUAGCCACAACCGGUGUUGUACAUCAACGACAGCCACAAGCACAGCUGCAUGUGCAGCAACAGAUAGUCACGCAGCAGCAGCCGCAACAACAACAACAGCACCAUCAGACGCAGAUGCACUUGCAAGAGGUGGCGGCGGUUGGCGACAUUAUAACGGUGACCUCGUCGAAUGUGCCGGCAUUGCAGCCGCAGCAGCAGCAGCAACAACAACAACAGCAGCAGCAAUUCCAGCAAGUGCAGGUGCAACAGCAGCAGCAACAGCAACAUCAACAUCAAAUAUUACAGUUGCGUCAGCCACGCUUACAAAAUGUCAUGCAACAGUUCCAACAACGCCAACAAAUACUGCAAAUGCAACGUGAUAUCUUGUCCGGGGGUCCGGUCAUCACACAAUACGUGUCCGCCACACCAACGAAUGCUGGUACUACAACCGUCACAACAACGCCACUACGUCAGCCGACGCUCACACCGAUUGGCGCCACAGCGAUGGGGAAUCACACCAUCUACACGACCAGCACAGCGGCCGAUGGCACCAUCAUUGGUGGCACACAAAAAAUCUACAUACAAAAAGCCACACCCGCAUUCACCAGCGGCACGUUAUCCGCAUCAUCGGCGCAAGUUCCUAAUAGCCAAUCAUCCACAAAUACAGCGCCAACAUCGGUUAUAACGCUGUCCAAUGUGAAAUUCGAAAAUAAUAGUGAUGGCAAUGCGUCGAGCUGCCAGGCAAAUACAACAUCAUCGUCGGCGGCAAACACGAAUAUACUGACCAUUGAUGGCAAUGCUGUGACGGCGUCGAAUAUGAGCUCUACAGGUUCCGGUGUGAAUAUUAUCAGUACGUCGGGUGGACAUCAAGUGGCUGUGCAUAGUAUUAGCGGCGGUGCCGUACAACAUUUGACUAAUGCCAGCGGCAGUGGUGGCACAGUGCAACACUUGUCGUCGUCAGCGUCCGUCGGCACGACACCACUCAUUGUCACAACAACGACCCGCCAAGCACAACAGCAACAACAGCACCAGCAGCUGGUGCCUCAGCAAACGCAGCAGAUUGUGUGGCGGCAGAUAAGUGGUGGUUCGGCAAAUGCAACUUCCAGCGGUGCCACGACGGUGAGUGGUGCUGAUGCUGCGGCGGCGAUGGCGGCGGCAGCAGCCGCAGCAGGUUCGACCGGCAAUAAGAUUGUAUGGGCCAGUCGACCGGGUCAAAAGCGCCAGCUGAACGGUCCAGAUGGUGCGACAGAUAUAAACAAAUUGUUGUUGAAUCGCAAAUUCUCACAACGAAAAAUAAUCACCCAAGCGGCACAACAACAUCAAAUCCAAAUCUCAAAGCAUUUACAACAAUUGCAUCACCAGCAGCAGCAACAACAACAGCAGCAACAAGAUGAUGAUGGCGCCGCGAAUGAAGGCCAAACGAAUUCCGGUGGUGGCGGUGGCGUUACAACAACAUUAGUUGGUACAACAUCCCAGGUCGCACAGCAGUUGCAGAAGGUUCAAAUGCAAGGAGGCAAAGUGAUAAAGAUGUCCUCAUACCCGCUGCUCGUGUCCGAGUUGAAUGUCGCGCAACAACAACAGCAACACCACCAGCAACAACAAAAGCACAAUUCGGCAGCAAUUGCGGCCAACCACAACUACAGUUUGCAACCAACGACAGCGAUAAUAACGUCCACACAAUCGGUGACACAGCAACAGGGCAGCGGUGGCGGCAAUAAAAUCUACUUGACCAGCAACAAUACCAGCGGAGGAGGCACCAACUUCACCAUCGCCACAGCUAGCGAAUUGGCCAAUGCUGUUGCCGUGCAACAGGCCAAUAGCAACAAUAAUAGUGGCGGCAGCAGUAACGGCAAUAGCAACAGCAACAACAGCAUAACACAGAAGUUGCAUCACUACAAAGAACUGCAGAACUCCAAUUUGAAGGUGAACUUCGUGUCCACCGCCAAUGCGAGUGGCGGUGGCAGUGGUGGCGUAGGCAGCGCUGUGAGUGUGCAUCAUGGCAGUAUCGUAGUGGACGCAAAGACCGUGGCGGCCGCAGUCAGUCAGUCGCAACAGCAACAACAACAACAGGCAUCAGUGCAACAGCAGGCUGUGGUGUUAAAUAAGGCGACAGCGAAUGCAAAUUUGCAACAACAAAAACUGAAACGUGAACGCAUACUGAACAUAAUCGGCGCCUCUAAUAUGGAGGUGAACGCCACGAAUGCGGCGGUGAGUUCGGCUGGUGCUGGCGAGAAUAGUAAACGCGUGCUAUACACAAGUCUGUUGAACGUCAAACCGUUGCAGAAGAACAACUCUGGGCAGAUGCAGAUGCAAAUCGGACCCGGUGGCAUGACACAUGCGCUGCUACGCGGACGCAUCGGCAACAAUCAGACAAUAUUCACCAACAUGCGCACGCUGCCCAUAGCGACGAGCUCUGCCGUCGGCAAUGCAACCACCGUGCAACAAUUGCAAGUGGCGGCGGCCAACAAUAGCAGCGGCAGCGGUGGCGGUGGCAAUGGCAUGAGCGUGAGUUUGGCGCAAGUGACAACGAACGCGACGACACUGUCCUCGUCUGUGGCGGUGCAUCAGCAAUCGCUGGUGAAUAUAGUCUCCUCGAAUUCCACAGCUGCGGCGGCCGAUGUUAUAACCACAACAGCCGGUGGUGGUGUGCUAACGACCAGCUGCAAUGAUCUCAAGAGCAUUGAGAAUGUUGUUGGCAGCAGCAACAACAGUAGUAAUGGCAACAGUAAUGCAACAGCGGCGCUAAUUAGCAGUGGCGGCAGUAAUAGCAACAGUAAUAGUAAUAGCAAUAGUAGUAGCAGCGGUGGCGGCGGUAAUUCGAACCAUGCGAUAUCAGCGACUGCAAACAAUAACGCGCUCGCCUCUGCAAUUAUAAACAGGUGAGACACGGGGAGCUAACUAACACUAAGAACAAAUGAUUAUGAGUAUGUGUGCGCCGCACAGAUGGGCGCAGCCGUCGCCGUUGUCGCAGGUCGAGCGGUGGCAGCAGCAACAUGUCGCAUUUGGUGUGUCGCAGCUGCAGUAGCGGCAGCAGCAGCAGUGGUUGCCGUCAUGAUUGCAUUGUUGCCGCGUAAAAUUCAUCUGCCGUUGACGACAAACGCGUCUAGGCCGUAGAGAAAGCUUUGAAGGUGUUGUUGUGUGGUUAUUGGCCAACGGUAUCAAGUAGGCGCCCGAGCCAAAUAUUGCUGAGUGUAUUCUGUUGUUCGUGCAAAAACACACAAUAGCUGGACUGUGAAGAGGUGCACCAAGUGUUGAGUGAAUGGCGGUGUUAUUGUGUGCAUAAUGCGAGCACCAACAAGUUGACCGCACCAAAACGGUGUCAUAGCCGCCAGUGGAGCGUGCCCACCAGCAAGUCAACAACAACCUUCUCACAACUCUUCAAUCAACAACUCUUCAAUCAACAUGAGCAAGUGGCAACAGCGCUAAAGGCGGCGGCGUCGCAGCAGUGGUAGCAGCAGCAGCAGCAGCAACGGCAACAACAGCAGCAAAACAACAACUUAUACCUUACCAAUCUCUUGUAAUUUUACUAGAUGUUGUUGUUAAUAAUUAAUAAUGUACUUGUAGAUUAUAUAUUAAUUUAUAUAUACAUAUAUAUGCAUCUUAUACAUAUAUAUCUAUAUGCAUACAUAUAUACUUAAUGAGUUGAGCUGAUAUGAUAUAUGAAAACGAAAGAAAUGAAAAGUAAACGAAAACAGAAAAAACAACAAACCAGAAAGCUAAAUGAUUAAUGCAUCAAAGAGCAUAGGUGAAUAUGUAAAAAGAAAAACACCGUUACAACAAAUGAAGUGUGUCACAUUGUGCAGUCAAAGUCCUAGUUGAUGAGCGUAUAAAUUGGAAAAUGCAAAUUAUGUAAACGCAGAAAAACAGAGAGCGCGUGGAAUAAAUUGUGGCGAAAGGGCGUUAAAGCGCGGAGGAGCAGUAGUAGUAGUCAGCAGUGCAGGGGCGCCCAAACUUACUUCUUUGCCGCUAAUUACUUUAAAUAUUUCAAAUAUUGGCAAUAUAUGGCUUAUCUAAUUUUUUUACUGUUAGCUGAACCGUAUGUACAUAUGUAUAUAAAUCAUUAUUGGCUGCCCUUAAACGCAUGCUAGCUGAUUUAAAAUAUACUAAAAUUAGUAAAAAAGCGGUGAAUCAAAGCAAAAAAUAUUAAAAAAUUUUUUUAAUUGACAAUUUUGAAAUAU